UUCCCCCUCCUCAUUUCCUCCUCAGUCUUAUGUAGUUAGGAAGAGCUGACUGCUAAAGAGAAAAUGACAUCUCUAGAAAAAGUUGAUGAUGCCUCGUCACCCAUCCGAGGACCUGGAGAUGGCAUGGAAACAGAGCAGACAGCUGAAUCGGUGGAAGUAAUCACUGGAGCCAACACUACGAACCAUCACAUCCACCACAGCCCACCUAAAAAGGCAGUCUCUUCCCUGAGUCCCGGAGUUCUGCAGCUAGGGAAAGUACAUGCUGAUAAAUCAGUGGAGAUUGAAGCUAUUCGUAUAUUAGUCCCCAAAGCAGCUAUCACCCAUGUUGUUCCAACUAGAAAUGCUAAGGUAGCUAAAUCAGUGGGACAUAAAGGAGACACGUUCCAUCAGUCAGAUGGAGCUGCAGAUCCCAAGAAAGAACAGCUAGAGCUGAAAAAUGCAAUCGAAAAGCUAAAGAAUUCAGAAAAGCGGUUGUUACAGGAUAAAGAAGGUCUCUCUAACCAGCUGCGUAUACAGACAGAGGUGAAUCGGGAGCUGAAGAAAUUACUUGUUGCUUCUGUUGGGGAUGAUCUGGAGUAUCACUUUGAACGGAUGGCUCGUGAGAAAAAUCAGCUAAUCCUAGAAAAUGAAGUCCUGGGCCGGAAUAUGUCUCAGUUGUCUGAACAAUUAGAGCGCAUGUCUAUACAAUGUGAUGUGUGGCGAAGCAAAUUCCUAGCGAGCAGGGUUAUGGCUGAUGAGCUAACCAAUACCAGAGCAAUUCUUCAGCGUCAAACCAGGGAUGCACAAAGUGCAAUCCGGGACUUGCUGAAUGAACGUGAUCAGUUCCGUCAAGAGAUGAUUGAUACACAGAAGCUGCUGGAGGAGCUGAUGGUUUCCCUUCAGUGGGGGAGACAACAGACAUACUAUCCUAGUGCCCAACCUUACACCACAACAGAGCUAGCAGCUGUGAAUUGUAAGCUAGCCAAAGCUGUAAGCUCGCAUCUUCUUGGAAAUGUUGGCACUAACAGUCCAAAAAAGACUUCAACAGCUGUGGAGUUUUGCAAUACCCCUGCUGAGAAAAUGGCUGAAAUGGUGCUACGUGUACUGGAUCCAGCUGCACGUACAGAAACAACAACAGAAGUUUCUUUUUCUGAGACUUCUCCAUCCUCCUUCCUUUCCACAAAGAAGAAUAUCGGAAGGUUUCACCCAUAUACAAGAUACGAAGAUGUAACUUUCAAUUGUUGCAAUCGCUGUCAAGGAGAGCUGAUAGCCCUUUAAAAACACAGCCAAUGCAACUGCACAUGCACUCU